CUGGCCUGGCUGCUUAUCAGGUUUCGUGACUGUGAUCUGUUUAAAAACAUUUUCUAUGAGAGAUUAAAACAAAACUAAAAGUGGUAGAUUAUUUCCUUGUCCUGAUGCAUAAAGGAUGCUGCAUGUAAUUAUCGCAUCACUCAUUUCUUUGCGAACCACGGCCGUCACAUCUACAUCUGGAUAAUGGACUCUAAUAAGGAAAACAUUGAGGCGGCACCUCAAAAACGGAUUUUCAUAAUUCUUCCAAAGAAAUAUAUGGCUGCUUUGGCUCGACACUUUGCUUUGGAGCAUGGAUUGUUCAUCACAGAGCUGGACCCCAAUAUUAGUGAAAAAUAUCUGAUUUCGUAUUUUAAAGAAUGGGGACAAAUCACAAAGUGCAAGAUCAGAAAUGAUUCCAACUCUUCAAAGAACUGUUUGGCCGAUGUGUGGUUUUCUACAGAAGAAGAAGCAGACAGAGCACACUGGGCUGGUCCUCACUGUAUCGGGGGGACAGAAUCUAGUGUACGUCGGAUUGUUAGUCCAAAGAUCCAAGAUGAGUAAGACAACAAGGCCACCUCAGUGCCAAUUAAAGCUCCAGGUCGGCGUCCAAUGUGUCUUGGCUAAGUGCUAGAAAAUCCUUAGUGGUUUGAUGAUGAAGUGAAGGAAUAAACAAAUCAGUUGUAAGAUAAAGCAGGAAUUUUGAGAUGACUUGAGAAGCAGGCUUUAAGUGGUUAGAAAAGAUUAUACCUUAUAUAAGAAAAUGUAACCUCUAAACUAUAAUGUGUGUUAUGGAGAAAUGACACAUUGAUUUUGUUCACAAAAUCUUCUAACAUUUUGUUUUCGAUCUCCAUGUGUAUGUUUUUGAAAAAAACGUUUUGCACAAAUCUAUUAUUGUCAGUCUGUACUGUAUGUUUAUGCAAAUUAGAAAAGCAAAACUCUUAUGUACUACUCAAUGCGUUAUUACAUACAUAUCUCUGCAAAAUGCUGUGAAAAUUACUGCACUUUUAAACCACAUUUUAUUGUGUCUAACA